ACAGAUGGUCGUUCUCCACAAAAACAAGAAUCUCAAUCAAUAUAAUUUUAUAAUCCAUCAUGGAAAUUACAUAUAAUAUGUUUAGCUGAUAUAGUAAUAAAAAGUGAACAUUCUCAAACAACAUCACAAAUUCUUGAAGAAUAUAAAAAACUAUUAAAUUGUCAAAUUCCUUUAAGUAUAACAAAAAAUUAUCAAAAAGGUGUUUAUACACUUGAAAAAGUGAUGUAUUUUGUUAUUUACUUUAUCCUUAUUUUAAGGACUCAAUUUUAAGCAUGAUGGAUAUAAUUUUUGAAAAAUAUUUUUUACUAUAUAAAGGAUUACUUUUAUGUGAGCAAUUACGUUUUCUGAUUAAAGUAUAUCCCAUUCUUCCUGAUGUUGCAUAUAUACAUGAUGUUGUAAGAACUUUGUCCAUUGUAACAAAAAAAAAUCAUAUCGCUAUUGUUUGGAUGAAAGGAGAUACAAUUGAAUCACCUCCAAGUAUAGAUAAUCAAGAAGAUCCAAAGGAGCAUGAUUUAUUUAUGUAUUUCACUAUAUAUAAAUCAGAAAAUGGAAAGAAUUUAUUAUCAGAACUAUCAACAUCAGUAAACCCACCACCAUUACCAAAAAGUUAUGUCACUGGAUAUAAUGUAGAUUUACCAACACCAAAACAUAUUUGGGUAAACAUAUUGAGUCUAUUAAAUAAGAUAUCGCAUUAUCUUACGAAUUUACCAAAUGAUGCUGUGAAAUUAAAGAAUGUUUAUAAACCACUCGGAGAACAUGUUGUAGAUAAAUUACAUAAUGUUAGAAUUCAAAGUGUGGAAAUUGAAAAUAGAUAAAAAUAACCUAAUCCUGCCUUUAUCAACCCAUUAUCUUUUAAUAAUUUAUUAAAUUGAUGAAAGUGAGAAAAGUGAGAUGAUGUUCAAAUAAAUUAUUUAACAAUUACAAUUUGUAAAUAAC